AUGGCGGCCCCGGAUCCAAACGCUCGGCCAACCGAAGGCAAAAGAUAUCCUGAGGAUGAAGUCGAAGAGGCACAAGCCCACAAUUUGAUAGAGAAGUGCAUUCAGCUGUACAUGGACCGUGACGAAACAGCCCGUGCGUUAGAAAUUCAUUUCGGGAUCGUCCGCCAGCUCACACGUCUCAUUUGGGACAAAUUGGAAGAAUGUAAUCAGGAGUUUUUCCAAAGUUACUACACAAGGCUAGCCUUGAAACAACAGAUCGUCAGGUUCAAUGAAUUGCUCGAGCAACAGCAUCAAGCCAUGAAUUCUCCUCUGGUGCCUGCGGAGCAACAAAUGUCAAUGGAACCGGCAGAGACAGCUCCACGGGCUAAUUCUCCAGUGAGCAAGACGAGCAAUGAGAAUGAAGCUGAAUCUAACAAGCUACCUGCAAAUCCUGUCGGCAUUGUCGGAUCAGAAGAUGUGGUGGGUUCCGACCCAAAUCUCAUGCCCAGCGGUAGUCUUGCUUGGUCUUCAUUGGAAAAUGCUGCAUUAGACACUGCACAUAUGUCAAUUUCGCAAGUCCCGAACCUUAUCGCAGGUGACCACCACACUGCAAACUUCAGGGGACCUGUUCAAUCAUCAUCCUCAGGGUUUGUGCCACUUGGACUCAAACCCUGA